AUGUCCUCGUCCCCUUUGUCGGUUAAGCUAAGAUCGCCGAAGCGGACUGCUCCCAAACGCACACCGCUACAAGAACGAACAUCUUCAGAGACAAAUGAGCUUUCAAAUCGUCUCAGUCAAGAGCCAAGAUCAGACCAGGGGACUUUGGACAUUUACAACAGCACUCCGUUCCCUACGAAACCCGCUCAUGUUCUCCUCCCAAGUACCAUCCGCAAGAAGAAGAGCUUCGGGCUAGGCCAGCUCGCCGACAUCUCUGGGCAGCUCUAUGAGAGUGAAUCAGGUAGAAGCAGCGAUGCCCCCCAGAACUCGCGAGGUGGAGGGUCAAAGCCCACCGUUAGGCUCAAGCGAUCGGUCAAAGCGUUGAGAGACCUGUAUGAAUCUCAAGCCGAAGAAGCGUCCCGUCCCUCCACUGCAACCUCGCCGGCGCUCCGUCCAAGCACCGCCAAUUCAGUUCGAUUAAGAAGUAUCAGCUCUAGCGAGAGUCUAUCGGGCGCAUACGGCUGGGAAUCUUUGCAAAAGAUCUCCGCCGAUGAUUUGGCGUUGCUACCGUCUUUACCUCCUGGACUUCAUACUGUCAAAAGGAUUUCGUCCCGUUCCUCUUUCACGUCGAUCCCAGAGAAGGUCGCUGCAACUUCAACCCCGAACUACAAAGUUCUGGCAACAACCUCAAGUCCGAGACUGCCAUCUUUCAGAGACUUGAAGGGACCCUCGCUUGAAGCAUUUGACGAGGUGUUGGAUACGGAGUCUGAGAAAGAUGGAUCAUCGAGCCCCAAUGUUGUUCGGCUUGCGCACACGUCGAGCCCCAAACAAUCUCAAAGCCCCAAUGGGUCUUCCAGUCCCAACGUGGUGCGUCUUGCACACUCAUCCAGUACGGAGCAGUUUCAGAGCAGCGACCAAUCGUCCAGUCCCAAUGUUGUUCGUCUCGCGCACACCUCCAGCACCGAACAGUUUCAAGGCAGCGACCAGUCGUCAAGUCCAAAUGUGAUAAAACUGGGCCCGUCAUCGCCGUCGACCGCUCGACCUGAUUUUUCCAAAUAUCCUACACUUUCUCGAUCGUCGUCAAGCUCUUCGAGGAAAAGAAAAAGGUCCGAGUCUGGGGAAGGGAAGUCAUUCGCCGAACGAGUUGGAGCAAGGAAUCCCCUAGCCUCUAGCCCUCCCGUUCAUCGUUACCUCCCGCCAACUGCUUUUGCAAACGCGAGCUCACCUGUCGACUCUGGAAUGCCGUCUUCCGCACCGCAGAGCAUUCAACAGACCAACGAAUCUAUCGACGAGUCUAGCCCAGUGGUUCGAAUUUUGACGAGAGACCAACCGACUUCCGAUAGCAGUUCAGUCGCCGAUACCCACGCCAGUCUUCAAGCUGCCUUGAGUUCCAGUCCACCACGUAUUCAAUACCCCAUUGUUCGAGCUCCUGCUGUAAGCCAACAUGCCGGACUCUCAGUACCGAAACGAAAUUCCAGAUCCAUGUCCACAGAGGGAUCUGUGUCGAAAUUUGAACCCCGGUUGUCAGCCGUCCCCUCUGAAGGCUCGUGGUUGCGACCAAGGCCAGCGAGUGAAGCGUCUUCUAUAGCUGAUGAUCUCGACCAGUAUCUUAAUUCUGAAGACCUGGCUCCGGCCUCCACCUACAUCAUCAAUGAAGGCGCAAAUCUGACGCAGAUCAGACUUGUUCCGGAGACUGAACCAGAAGCCGAGCCCCAGUGCGACUCUGAAUGGGAAACCGAAUACAGCCAUCAAGAACUGGACCCUCACCACAACGAGGCCACGGACGAAGUCUCAGCACUGCCAUCGAAAGAAUAUGCAUAUAGAUCACCUCCCCUUCGACCAAGCCGAAGCAACGGUUACCUUCACUCCUCUUCGAACAACUCUUCACAACAGUCGAUCACACGCCUUAAUUCCAUGAAUUCAUUUACGAAGUUACGACACAAUAGAUCCCGUUCAAAUUCCUUGCGGCCAGGUUCUUCUGGUAGCACAGUGAGUGUGAUCCCUGUGCCAACAUGGGCCCGAAGGUAUUAUUCGGGCUUCUACAGGGACUCUUUUCAGUAUCUUUAUACCAGCGGUUCAUACUAUAAUUUGAGAGAGAGAGCAGCAAAUCAAGCACCAAUUCCAGUACGUUUGGAACCACCUUCACGUUCAAAUCAAGCACCAAUCCCGGUACAUUUAGAACCACCCUCACGUUCAAAUCAAGCACCAAUCCCGGUACAUUUAGAACCACCCUCGCGGCCCGGAACUUCCAAGUCAAACAUCAGCGCCGGCAUUCGCAAUUUCCAUCAGGGGAUGAUGGACGGGGUCGGCGGUCCCUUCCGACCUAGGAAGCGACCAAAGCUCGAAGCAAGGAAGUCCCAUCUUCUACCUGGUGUCGGACCGUUGGUCUCGAACCCAGUGCGCGCUCCAGCACCGGCAGCUCUAGCCUCGACAGACCGACGACAAUCUUAUCCCCAAACCCUGUCCUAUCCGAACACUCACUCUCGCUCAGUUUCCUUGCCGUUACACCCUGCCGACCCUCGGGCUCACUGGGCUGGGGUCGUCGAGAUCCAUGAACAGCCACACCAAGAUGGGCGAGGAUCAAGUUACAUGAUCCGCCAUCACAGCUUUGCCUAUAGCCUCAGUGGCUCUCAGUCCGACGCCCAGACCAAUCAGUCUGUGAUACACCACCCUCGAGCAAGCGGAAGUGGGAAUCUGUUCCGUCGCUCCUGGCAUCGUUGGUCCUAUUCUCCGCACCUCCAUCAUGACGCCCGCUUGGGCACCGGCUCGACCGUCUCCCGCGGCUUUGGGUUUCCAUUUAACACGAAGUCCCGCUGGACGACCGGUGUGCCUGAUCUCGUCACCAGUGGGGAGCCCCAGUCUCCACUGCACAUUGAUCGCCGUUCCAUCCAGGUGAUUUGCUUUACUGCCGGCUUUCUCAUACCUGCGGCAUGGUUCGUGGGUGCCUUUUUGCCCCUUCCAGCAAGACCGGCGAGCUUUGGGGACAUUGAGAAGGAAGUCGUACAAGAACAGCGUCAAAGACAACGCCAAUCAUACCCUCAACAGCAACCGCAGUCCCGAACGCAAUCGUUGCGCUAUUCUCUGUCCCAACAAUUUAGUUCCGAUCGCUCCCAAGCAGAACAGGAGUGGGAGUCGAUGGAUGUCCUGGCCAGACUCCGCUAUGAACGGCACGUUGCUGGCGUGGCAGAACUCAAAUUCCAGAACGCGCGGUGGUGGAGGAACCUGAAUCGAUGGAUGAGUGCCGUUGGUGUGGUUGUGUGCGCUCUGGUGGUGGUAUUGGCCGUGUUGGGAACCAAACACAACUGGGGAGACACUUAG